AUGACCCACGAGCCGCUGCAUGGAUCAUGCUCAUGUGGUCGUAAUGAGUACAGCAUCCAGAUCCCCGAGGAUGUGACCGAGCAUGCCGAAGUCUACUUUGACACCUCCCGAGACAACCGUCGAUCCCAAGGCACACCUAUCACAGCGUGGCUUCGUGUGCCUCUUGACUGGUAUCAGUCAAGCACUCGAUCCUUCUUCCCAGACGAAACACAUUCUUCCAUUCGCCGCGUCUUCACACCGCUCCAUGCACCGGAGACCAAGCGCAUAUUCUGUGGUUUCUGCGGAACACCUUUGACAUUCUGGACGGAAGAGCCUCAUGAAGAAGCCGAUUAUAUGAACAUCGCGGUUGGCACUCUAUUCAGCGAGGACCAGCGUGUCCUAGAAGAUCUUGAUCUUCUUCCAGAGAACUCGGACGAGGAAGAAUUAGAGGCUGAACCAUCCAGCUCGGCCCUCGCGCCGGCACUGGAUACCUCAUCUUCUGUUAUUGUGCCAUCAUUUGGCAACUCGCCAGAUGUCACACGAAGCUUCCGGCGCGGUACAGCCCGUGGAAUCCCCUGGUUUGAGGAAAUGGUUGAGGGAAGCCGCCUCGGUCGGCUGAUGCGAGGUCGGCGUGGAAUGGCUGUCAGUGACGAUCAAUCUACCUCGUUUGAAUGGGAGAUUAGCGAAUGGCAUGAUGAUGGAAGUGGCAGUAUUCAGGACGACUCUGACUCGAAUAGUCAUCCCACCGGGAAAAGAAAACGGGCGCAGUAG